CUGCAGGGGCUGUUUCGUGUGCGCCAUGCGCUGGCCGGGGCUCUCCCCCGCUGUUAGCCUCCGCCAGCGCCGCUCGCAGGUGCGAGGAGCCGGGGCACGCCUGGCGCUAGGGCUCGUGUCCUGGCAGGGGCAGCAGGUGUGACGGCCCCACUCCGAAGCGCCCCAUUUCCAGCGCCUGUGGAUGAGGAGGGCCCCUUGGUUCAUUGAGUAACGUGUCCCGCGAGCCUGGGGGAAGUGGGCGGGACGAGCACCUGGAGAGCUGGCGGCCUGCGGGGCUGGCUGAGAGCUGCAGAGCAACCAGGAGAAAACUUCAGCUCAGGCCGGGUUACUUGUCAUGGCUUCACCAGAGCUGACUGACUAAAAGCGAUCAGAGAGACAAGAAACAUUAACAAGCCCGGGAAACUGGCUCUUAGCUGAAUAGAAUCUUGGCAUGUGCAGGAGAAGAAUCUCCCUGCUUCAAGGACAAAUGGAAUUUCACAAUGAAAGAACAACAUUCAGUGGCACCUUGAACUCAGAGAGCUAUGGCUUGGAUUGGUUUUUGUCUCUCCUCCAUGCUCUCAGCAUCGUUUUCCCACUACCUGUUGACUGCGGAGCAGCACCAUAAUGAUUCCAUUGCAUGACAGGCUUUGGGGGCCUUUGCAAGGACACACUUUGCCCCUAAAAGAACAUGGUCUAUAUACAUUUGUCACAAAUGGAGACAAUUUUACACAGAGAGAGACAAAGAAUCUUAGAAAAAUGAAGUCAAUCUUUUACCUGUGUUUUUUGAUUGCUGGGAUUCAUGCUGAUAUACCUUGCCAACAGAAUUCUAGCAACAACAGUCCUGAAAAUUACCACGGUGGAAACAGAAACCAAGUAGGGCCAGCAAACGAAAAUAUGCUGGGUCAUAAAGUAGGGAGAAGCAUUUGUCAGUUUGCAUUUUAUUUUUAUAAGGAGGCUUCUUCUCAGAGAAACAACAGGAAUGUGAUCUUUUCUCCCAUAAGCAUCUCCACUGCCUUUGCAAUGCUGACCCUGGGUGCUAAAUCAGAGACACUGCAACAGAUUCUUAGAGUGUUCCACUUUAAACCAAAUGAGAUCCAGCAAAGAGAGAUACAUGAAGGUUUCUGUCAGCUCAUGCAAUCACUAAACCGCCAGAAUGCUAACUUCCAGCUGGAUAUGGGGAAUGUUCUGUUUGUGAAAGACCAGCUGAAACUGCAGCAGCAAUUUUUAAAUGAUCUAAAAAACUUUUACAGUGGAGAAGCUUUCCCAGAAAACUUCAAGAAUGUCAGACCAACUCAGCAGAAGAUCAAUAAUUACAUAGAGAAAAAAACACAUGGGAAAAUUAUCAACCUACUCAAUAAUCUGGAUCCAGUUACUGAAAUUCUCCUUGUUAGUUAUAUUUACCUUAAAGCCACGUGGAAUAAAACUUUCAAUCCAAAGUACACUAAAGACGAUGACUUCUUUGUGGAUAGAAACACAGUUGUUAAAGUCCCUAUGAUGUUCCGGAUGGGCAUGUGCAAACACGCCUAUGAUGACCAGCUGUCUAGCACCGUGGUGCAAAUGGAUUAUAAGGAAGAAAGCAUUAAAGCAUAUUUUAUUCUGCCUGAUGAAGGACAAAUGAGGAAGUUGGAGAAUGGCUUGUCAUGUGAAAGUCUGCCUAAAUGGAGAAAAUUACUUUCAGAAAGCUCAACCAAUUUAUAUCUGCCAAGAUUCUCCAUUCAUGGCAAAUUUGACUUAAAACAAAUUCUUUAUAGAAUGGGCAUCAGAAAUGUAUUCACUAAUGAAGCUGACCUGUCUGGAAUUACUGGGAGGCCACGGCACAGGAUUUCAGAGGCUAUCCAUCAAGCCAUGGUGAAUGUGGAUGAGAAUGGCACUGAAGCUUCGGCAGCCUCUACUGUGGAAAUAGUGCCAAUGUCUACGCCUACUAACAUUAAAUUCAACAGACCCUUCAUGAUGAUGAUAUUUAGCAAUGAUACCAUACUUUUUAUGGGCAAAAUCAUGAACCCUGUGGAACAAUAGUUAUUAAAGUUCUGUAUGCAUUAACUAUGAGUAAUUGACCACCACUAUUAAAUAAAGAAACGUUUUGACCUAAUCAGCGUAGAGAUGGCUUUAGAGGCCACCUUUUCCCUUGUAGUGUUGUAUAUUUUGCUUCACAACUGAGACCUUUAAUAGAUUUUAAAUCACCAUCCCUACAGAUUAGUUUGAGUUUGCAUUUAAAAACAAAGAAAAGAAAAGGAAUUCGAGUUCAGGCAGAACUGUCAGCAGAGGUAAAAAGAGAAAAUCCUUUGUAAUGCUGAAAGCAGCAAAACAUUUUCUGGAAAGUGAGGAUCAGAAAAGAUGUUGAGAUUACUAACCUAUGCCUGCUGUACCCCUCCUGUCCACCUCCUCAUCGUGUAAAUAACAUUUGUUUUGAAUGCUCACUGACUGCCAAAUUAGUCCGUUACACUUCUUUACCACUUACAUCCGUUUUCUCACCAACCUGAGGCUCAGUCUAGCAGAUACCUAUUAACAAAUGUAGUGCUUACUACCCUGAGUGGCCCCAUUGCUGUCAAUGAGUCUGAUAAACCAUUGCCCUGUGGCCCUUUGUGCCACCCAGGCGGGUGAAAAGGGAUCAUAGAGAAGGUGUAAGGUCUCCCUGGUGAAGAACAUUGACACCUCUGUAUUGACCAUUCUAGGGUAGGACAGAGGCAUAGCAGAAUUGAGCCAGAGGAAGCAAGUGGCAGAUCAGAAUAGGAGGAGGUGUGACCGGAGUAGAACUGUGCCCCAGCAAUUCUGAAUCCUUGAAGUGGCUUCUGUGCAACACUGAAUCAAAGUUCAGUUUAGGUCAGCCCUGUGCCAGGGCCCAAGUCAAGUUUUGGAAGCUCCCAAAUAGGGAUAAUGGCUUGUGUUUCCCCAAUGUCCCUGUGUCAGUAUUUUUGACAGUAUAGGAUUAAUCUAACCCAGUGGAACCACUCACAGUAGUAAACAUCACUCUAGUAGUAAAUGUUUGCAGGAUCCAUCACUUACAGCCUAUCUGUAACUUACACCGCGUUUUACAUAACUACAUGUUUUGGCUGUGAUGCCUUGAAGUGGGCCCUGUCUGUUCCCAGAUUGAACCUUCACAGAAUAUCUGCACUCAGCUCAACACCUGCUUUAUAUUUUAAUAUAGUCACAGUUGUAUAGGAUUUCUCUUUAGUGUUAGGAUACAAAGGGUUCCAAGAUCACUUAUACUACAGAUGCUUAUUUAUAUAUUUUUCUUACCUAAAAUUUACCUUCAUACCAUUUUACUCUUUUUUCAGAAGAUCUAUCAAUAUUUUUUCUCCUAUAUUCAUGCUGAUGGUAUAUUUUCUGACCUCUAGUGGCAGAAGAGGUAAAUUACUGAGUGUUCUGUUAAUGGGUAUUCUAUGUUAUGAUUUCCAGUCUUUAUGUUUGACCUUGAAAUAUACAGACAAGUUAUUAUGUUAGAGAAAUGAAAAUUAAUAA